UGGGGCUAUGUCACGGCCUACGCCAGCGUGCCGGCGGGCGUCUCGGCGGUCGAGCUCGUGCCGACCAGCGCGAACGGCUUGCCGAACAUCGACCACCUCGAGGUCGUCGGCGCAUCGACCUGGACCGUGGGCGACGCGCCCUUCAUGCCGGUCGGAGUCGCGGUGACGGGCGUCACCGCCUCGCAGGUCGAUCUUGAUUGGUGGCCCACUCCGGGCGCGGAGAGCUAUACCAUCCUCCGCGGUACGAGUAGCGGCGGCCCCUACGCGACGGUCGCGACUGGGGUGACGGCGACUGACUACAGCGACGAAGGGCUCGAAGAACUCACCGGCUACCACUACGUCGUCGUAGCCGUCAAUGCGAACGGCUCCAGCACGGCCAGCGCCGAAGUCAGCGCGAUCACCAAGACGACCCAGCCCCCGGCGGCGCCAAGCGGCUUGUCGGCGGUCGCCUUGGCUUACAACGCGACUGCCCUGUCGUGGUCGGCCGUGCCGGGCGCCGAGAGCUAUACCGUCAAGCGAGCGACCAGCAGCGGCGGCCCUUACGUCACGGUGGCGAUCGGCGUCGCGGGGACCUUGUUCACCGACAACGGGUUGUUCGCCGACUCGACCUAUCACUACGUCGUCGCCGCGGUCAACGACGUCGGCGAGGGCCCCGCCAGCGCCGAGGCGAGCGUCUCGACGCCCGCGUCGGCGACGCUUGAACCGGUGGCGGACACCUUCGUGCGCGACGGCGGUAGCGUCAACGCGAACUUCGGUAACGACACCACCAUCGUUGUCAAGAACGACGGCGGCGCCGGCUUUACCCGCAACGCCUUCUUGCGGUUCGACGUCAGCGAUCUCGCCAACGCGUCGAGCGUGCUGCUGUCGCUGACGCCGUUCCAGAUCGACAGCGGCGACCCGAUGUGGGUCGAGCUGAUGACGGACGACAGCUGGAGCGAGUCGGGCACGACCUGGAACAACCAGCCAUCGGGUUCGGGCAACGUGUUGGCGGUUGUGUCGGGCUUCGUGGUGGGUCAGCCGAAGUUGAUCGACAUCACCAACGCCGUUCUCAGCGAAGCGGCGAACGACGGCGUGCUGUCGCUGCGGCUGUCGAUGCCGAACGUCGGCAACAACUUUGUCGGCUUCUAUUCGAGCGAAAGCGCCGAAGACGCGUUGCUCUCGGGCGCCGUCGUCGGCACGGAGUGGGCAGGCUUCACCGGCAGCGGGUACGCCGACUUCGUUAGCGCGACCGGGGACUACGUCGAGUGGACCUUCGACACACCGGCGGCGGGCGCCUACGAGUUGGCCUUCCGCUACGCCAGCGGCGCCUCGGCGGUCGUCGCCCUCGUCGCGGGCGUCAACACCGUGCGGCUGACGGCGACCGGUUCCAGCGGCGGNNUCACCGUCACGCCGGUCGAGGAAGGGGUGGGGCGGAUCGUCGCCGCCGCUUUAGAAGACGGUGUGGAGGCGGCGAUUACGGCGCCGCGCGGCAGGCCGACGCUCAACACCACGGGGACAACUUUCGUUGCCGACAACGGCGCCCUCUUACGGGGGCCGUUCGCCUCGACCGAAUGGGGCAAUCCACCGCCGCUCGCCAACAUCCAACAGAUCAAGAACUACGGCGCCAACUCGAUCCACCUCUACGGCGAGGUGUUCGACCCUGACUACAGGUCGGGCGUGCCCGGUUCGGGGACGGCGCCGGGUUACGCGAUGAAUCGCAUCGACCAGAUGGUGCAGAUGACCCGCGACGAGGGCCUGUACCUCGUGCUCACCAUCGGCAACGGCGGCAACAACGGGAGUUUCAAUAACGACUAUGUGAUGGACUUCUGGGCCUUGUACGCCGAUCGCUACAAGGACGAGACCCACGUCAUCUUUGAGGUCCAGAACGAGCCUCACGCCUGGUCGACGCCCUACCCAGCGCCGGCUCUGCAGAUGCAGGCCGACGCCUACACGCUGAUCCGCUCGCUGGCGCCAGAGACGCCGAUCCUGCUGUUCUCGAUCGCGGUGCUGGGCGACGGCGCUUCUGCCAUCGCCGACAUCAACACCGUCUCGCAGGGCGCGUCGAUCGACUGGUCGAACACGGGCGUCGCGUUCCACGGCUACGCGGGCAUGGCGACCAUCCCCGCGGUGGAAGCGAUCAUCAAUGCCGGGUACCCGGUGUUCAUGACCGAGGUGGCCGGCGAAGAGUGGGGGUCCUUAGACCACGGUUUAGUCGUCGAGCAGAUCUCGGAGUACGAGCGACUGGGCGUUUCCUGGCUGACGUUUCAGCACAUCCCACCGAACUUUAUCUCCUCCUCGAUCUUCGCUCCCGAGACGUACAGCGACCUUAUAGAUAGGGCCGGUCUCUCUUGGACGCCCGACUUCGGCGCGUUCCCGGCCCAGCGUGGCGUGUACGGCAACAGCGGCCUGCCACGCUACACGACCGGUCUUUCGGGGACGCUCCGCAUCGAAGCGGAACACUUCGACACGGGCGCCGAGGGCGUCGCCUACAGUGACGCCGACGGCGUCAACCUAGGCGGCGCAUUGCGGCCCGACGUGGGGGUCGAUAUCGAGCUGACCGACGACCGCUUCGGCGACUUCAACGUCACCGACACCGAGGCCGGCGAAUGGCUCGAGUAUACGCUCAACGUCCGAGAGCCCGGGUACUACACGCUGCGCCUACGCACGGCGAGUUCUGUUGGCGGAGCGGUGCGAGUCUUAAUGCACGACGACGACAAGACCGGCGUCUGGCAAUUGCCCGCUACGGGCGGGGACCAAAACUGGACGACGGUCGAGAGAGUGGUCUAUCUCGAACCGGGGAGGCAGAAGCUCCGCCUGGAAGUCGUCACCGGCGGCUUCAACCUCAACUGGAUCGAGCUGACGCCGUCGGCGACGGGCGCGCUGUCGAACGGCGUCUACAAGCUGAUCAAUCGCAACAGCGGCUUGGCCCUGGAACGCGGAACGUCGCAGGGGAGCGACGUGGUGGUGCAAAACGAGUACACAGGGUCCACCAGCGAGCAAUGGAGUCUCGUCCACCGUGGCGCCGGCCAGUACAGCAUCCUUAACGCGGGGGCCAGCAACUGGAGCUGGAGCAACACCUACGCCCCGGUCUUCUCCCAACAAGGUAGCGACCCGGUCGGGUUGACGCCGUGGGGCUAUGACAACGCGUCGGCGCGGCGGUUCGUCCUUUCGCCCGCCGGCGAUGGCUUCUUUAACAUCGUCGUUGUCGAUCAAGGCUAUAGCGUGGGGAUGGCGGGCGGCUCGACCGUCCUGGGCGACUUCGCUCAGUUCCUUGAAACGUCGAACGACGCCGCCCAGCAGUGGGCGAUCGUCCCACCAGGAUCGCCCUCGUUCCCAACGGGGCUAACCGCAGCGUGGGGCGUCGAAGAGGCGACCCCCGGCGACUACAACGGCGACGGCGUCGUCAACGUCGCCGACUACACCGUCUGGCGGGACAACCUGGACACCGUCGUGGCGACGCCCGGCCAAGGCGUCGACGGGGACGGCGAUGGCGUCGUCGAUUCCGACGACCGUGUGUUCUGGGCCGCCAACUAUGGCGGCAGCACGCCCGCUCGCCGGGUAGAGCUUUCCUGGAACCCCUCGCCGGGCGCGGCCACUUACAACGUCAGCCGC